GACAGCAGGGUGUAGAGAGAAAGAGCGAGAGAGAGAGAGAGAGAGAGAGAGAGAGAGAGAGGCGAGUGUAAGUGUGGCCAAAGAGAGAGAGAGAGAGAACAGAAAGGCAGUGAGAGAGCUUGAGGGAGACGAGAGUGUGGAAGCGAUACAGUGCUGGAUAAUGGAGGAGCAGUCAGAGUGUGUGGAGCCUCCUGUGGCCCCUCAGUGUGACCCCCAGCCCACAGGGAAGAUCAACAAAGCUGCCUUUAAACUCUUCGGAAAGCGGCGCACCGGCUCUGGAAUGGCCAGCUUCUUCUCCUUCAGGAACAAAGGGAGCGGGAACAAUGGGAAUUCUGACAAUGGGAACCCUCUGAACGGAAACAGCUCAGCGGCAUCAGUGGAACUUGUUAGGAGCAAAACCCACGAUGGACUCACGAGCUCUAGCAACGAUGCUAAUGGACAGAGAGGGGAGGGACCUGCUAACUUGGAGGCGGGACCCGUGAGGUCUCUCAGUAAAUCGCUAAGUUUCUUCUCUCUACUCCGACGUGGGAGUUUCAGGUCGAGUGAAAAUGGAGGGGCGGGGCUUGUCAGAAGAGGGAGGGGCCUAAAGGGAUUUUUUAGCAGCAUGCGAUGGAGACGCAAAGAAAAAACAAACGAGGGAGAGGGGGAAGAGGUGGAAGGGAAGAGAGAGAAGGAUGGGGAUAAAGCCGACUCUGAAAAGGUAAAAGAUAUUACGCUCACCCUUGAACCACCACCGCAUCAUCACCAAGAGGAUUGUGGGGAUGCAGAGAAAGAACCUAACCUAGAGACCCCCACCAUGAGCGUUACCAUGACACCCACACACUGUGUUGCCAUGCCAGGGCCAUCUGGUGAGCCAGACUCCCCCUUUCCUUACACACCCACUGACUCUCCACUGCGCCCUCCCAUCCAAAAAGCCAAAGCUUCAAUUUCCAGCCUCACCCCCUCUCUUGCUACACCCCCUUUGGAUCGCUGCAGCACUGGUGACCCACCCUCAGAGCCUUCUGUUGACCGCCUCUGUUCUCUGCUCUUCAAUGACGUCACAUCCCUUAAGAGCUUUGAUUCACUGACGGGCUGUGGUGACAUUAUUGCUGAUGCAGACGAGGAGGGGCCAGCGGGUAAUGGAGGCAGUGGCACUAGCAGCAGCAGCAGUGGAGGAGGAGGAGGCAGUGUGGGAACAGGUGUCGGGAGAACUGUUGGUAUCACAAGUGCCAUAUCUCGUGGCUCCCCAUCCAAAACCCCUCUACCUUCCCAGCUGAUGCAGCCCAUGUUCUCUGUUUCCCCGAGCUCAGUGCCUUCCUCCCUCCCAGCCCGGGCCAGGGCACCACCUCCCCCGCAGCAGCACCCACCUGGUAGUGGUGUGGUGGCCUACAUGGGCGGAGGGGAAGAAAUGGCGAGUCCAGAAGGGGUGGACGAUGCAGACAUGCAGGGGCUCUGGCACAUGCUACCCUCCACAGGUGACAAUUCCCCUGCUUUGCCCCGAUCACACCAACCUCCCUCUUCUACCCCCACUUCCACUUACCCCCCUCGUGCAACCUCUAGCCUUGUCAGCAGCCACUUGCCCUCAGCCCCCAGGAGUGUAGACCGGAAAGUACCCCAGGUGAAGGCACUAGGGCUCAGUAAGAUUCCGAUAGUUGGUGGAGCAGGAAGCCGGGCAGCUAAACCCCCGCUCCCUCACACACAUGGUCGUCAUCCUACAUCACCUGGUGAUAAAGAGCCACUAAGUGAUGAGGGCUACUGGGACACACCCUCAGCAACACCUACAGCAACACCUGAUGAGAGUGGGUUGCAGCGUAACCAGAAGAUGCCAGCCCUGUCACGCGACAGCUGCUCUGGAGACCACCUGUACGACCUUUACAACGACCCUGAAGAGGAAGGAGAGGAUGAAGAGCAUUUGGGAGAUGAAGACCCAAAUAGUACUCCCUCUCCUUCCACUGAAUACAAACUGAGCCCUGACACCCAAACAACUCCUCCUUCCUCCUCCUCCUCUUCCUCCUUCAGAUCAAUGAAAGGCAGCACCAGCCUUCCUCGAGAAUCCAAGAUCCCAGUAAGCAGCAGACAAACCCCGCUUCCCCAUUCUGCAAGCCAGUCAGCCCUCUCCUCUGUUCUAGAGGCCGAAUCCCCUCCACCAAAGACCUGUGCACCUCCCUCAGCUCGUACCAGAAUCCCUGUAUCAAAGGUGCCCGUUCGUCGUUCAGGGAACAAACCAGGCAGCACAACCAGAGGAACAGCCCACAAGAAAUAGUUCCUGUCAAAUGGGUGGUUCUCUACUACUUACUUAUCGACUCGAGUGGACUGUGCAGAGCCAAAAGUUUUCCCAGACCAAGAAAAAUGUUGAGCUGUAGAGUUAACAGCCUAUAAAUUCCUCUCAAAUCUUAAAGGCUUUCAUUCCUCAAGUGUUUUGGCUUACGACAGCCUAGAAUAGAAUAAGUGGGUUUGUUCACUUGAGAAAGUCACGAGGAGACUCCAAAAAGCUGGUUUAACACUUCACAGCUCUCACUGGAACUUUGGAGGUUGACCUCUUGACAAUCCGCGGACUCUUGAUAGACACACUUGCCUUGAACCUUUCCUGGAAAAAGGUCCUGACCUGCUGAGAGUUUGACAGCUCAUGAUUGCACACUGAAAAAAUAAGCAGAGCACCUUUUUUAUCUUUUGCAUUUUUCCUAUAGAAUUCCACAUGGCAUAACAUGAUUUGCUCGAAAGGACCUAAUCUAAUCAAAUCAGAGUUUGUCAUUUUGUCUAAUCUGUAACAAAUUACCUCCUAAUCCUUUCAUUUUAGAGCCAAAGUUAAAAAAAAAAAACAAAUUUCAUUUCACAGUCUCAAAUAGCCUUCUACAGACCCAACAGUAUCUCAACAAUAAUAACAGCCUGGAAUAACCCUUCAUUUUUUGUUUGGCUGUUGUGUGUGUUUUUCCUCUUUUCAGAUGUUCUUCUUAUCGUUUUCUUCUGACCGCACACUGAUUAUUCAACUGUUUGUGCAAACAUACAAAUGACUACUGGUAUCUGAAGUUUAGUUACCUAAUUACAUUGCAGCUACAAAUGUGGCCGCUGCAGAAGGCCACACAGUGUGUUACAUUUUUUGAAAGAGGAGACUUCCUCUGUUUUGACUGGUUAUUUUUAUUUUAUUGUGAAUGGAAUUCAAGUUUGGCUUCAGCUUUUUGCAUUUGGAUCUCAUUUAUAUCUGACUGCAUCACCGAAGCACAUCCGUAGGAUGUCAGACUCUGGGAUUUACAACUGUUGAACUAUUGAUGGAAACCUACAAAACUAUCGCAAUACUCAACCUGGAUGGAUCCCUUGCACUGAUGCUUCAGUACACACAAACACACACACACACACACACACAUACAAAAUCUUUUAUAUUUUUUCUCCCUCUCUGCAUGCAGAGCCACACAUACAAGGCGCAAAGGUCAGGGAGCAUCAUUUAAUACUGACUGAUUUUAGUUACACUGUUCAGCCUUUGGCAAUGUCUUAGCUACACUGGAUGACUUCUCCAAGCACACAUACACAAACAAAUCUUCUUCGCUGGAUUUCAUACUGUUUUUAUAGGCUGCUGCUUUCCAACGUCAUACUGCACAGAUCUGUAACUGUGAUCACACCAGCUUCUUACUCCUCUCCUCUACUAACAUGCUGUAAAGGCUGAUGUGAACAGGUGACAAGGGAGACAUCGUUGUUGUAAGCCAGUUUUAGAGAGCCAGAAUGUUCCUGCAAAUGUUCUUUCUUAAAUAGGCUGUAACCCUUAAAAAAGAAAAGUAAAUACUGAGGGUGAGGGUUUCUAAAAAACAAUUGAGCCACGUAAUUACUUGGAUUACAUGUUAAGAUAAUAAACAAAAUUUGGGACUAAUACUAAUCAGCUCAGAGUUCUUCACCCUACGACUCUGGGUGUCUUAGUAAUAAACACAAUAGACUUCAUUCUAGGAACCACCGCAGCUGUGCGUGAAUCUGAAUGUAGCCUAACAUCAUCGUAGCUCAUUGGUCAGCAUAUAUUAUCCUCUGCUGGUCUGUUUUUCUCUUUGUCCCUCUUUCGUGGGGGCAAGACAAAUGGUGGAGUUUACUGUUUAAAGUCCCCCGUGCUCUGAAAAAUGAAGACAAACUACCACACAGUUGCAGCCUUGCAAAGCACCACUUGUUUUAAGAAUGAGUGGGUGUAUUGCAGUUUUAAAAGGCCUUUGUCAGUGAUUCAGUGUGACAAGUUUCAGGGAGCAGAGUGUUCACUGCCCUUCAUUUAGAGAGCUAGAGGGUUUUCAUUCCACAUUCAAGUUUGCUCUUGACCACAGUGAACCACAGCUCCAGGUUCAGAUAUCUUUCCAGCAUCAUCAUGAUGUAGAGUAGGACAGGCCAUGGGGAAACCUGAUAUGAGAUGUGCAGUGCUUCUCACCCGACAAAACGAACAGGCAAAAGGUCAUUUGGAGAGCAGAGGAUGAUCAAGUCCCUUCAUUGUUUCUCUACCUACACUGUGCUCUUUUACUCUUUUGAUUUAUUAUGCAAUCACUUUCGUGACUUUCCCUCCGAUGGAGUACUGACUGACAAAAAAGUAUUUGAUGGAAAGGGAUGUCGAUUGAGAGGGGAAUCAAUUUAAACCUUUGGCAGUAUUUCUGAUAAAAAUGUAAAAAAGAAUACUUUCUUUAAACAGCAAUUUUUAUGCAUAUCGAUUGCUGACCAAAACAGUUGCCUGAAGUGUUAAAACUUAUUAAUUUUACUGUAUGACUGAGAAACCUUAUUAACAUCAACAAUCAAAUGAUCUUAAAGUUAGGACUGAGAGAGAUUAGGGAACUAUGAACUGGACAAGAAGCGAUCAUUACGCAUAAAAUGUUUUGUUUAAAUAUGGUGUCCUCCUCGGUUAAUGUCCCACUUGCCGCAGGCAUGUGUGUAAAUAGAAGUUAUUUCUCCAGUUCUCGCAAGUAUGAGGAAGUGAAAAUGAAAGUUAAACACACUGGCACAUACACAGUUAUGACAAUAACCACAGAGUCCACCAUAUUACAUAUACUAUUAGUUACUAUUAGGCUCAGUUCCUUGUAUUUUUUUCCAGACUGAUACUUUUCUUUCUGAUUACAAAUCUGGGCCUUCAUAUGAAGCACAUCUUGUUUUCCUUUUUUGCUCCUGUCUCUCUGUUCACAGUGUCUUUCCACUUUUCAUAUUUAAUGAAUAAAACUGUAUUUGCGCUGACAGAUCAACUUGUGACUUAUUGUAACCACAUCUACACAA